AUGCGGCUACUCUUCACCCUCCUUGCUGCAACAGUUGCUUCAGUGACAUGUCAGACCGACAAGGGGCAGCAGCUGCAAUAUGACGAAGCUGGACAGCUCGCAGUCAAUCAGUCACUCUUCUGGGGAACAUGGCGGCCGAAUCUAUACCUGGGCAUGCGAGCAAGGGUGCCAGAUUCGCUCAUGUUCGGCUUGAUCUGGUACGGCGUGCACGACUAUGCAAGUCAUGCCAAAGCGCGGCACUCCUGCGAGCAGGACGACGGGUUGGCUGCUUACGACUGGCUCAGACAUGACGGGCGCACAUCGGGAGCACAGAUCAUCAGUGACCCAUUGAAUAAUAUCAACCUGAGGACAUCCUUUCUCAAGGUCCCGGGAGGACAGCAUGGCGGCUCCUGGGCUCUCAAGAUCAACGGACGAGCUAUCGAUCCUAUGCAGCCUGCACGGAUAGCUUUGACGCCAUACUUUGGUAUAGAAGGCUCGGGGAGCUUCGAGUUGGAAUCUAAAGAGGCUGAGGAUGGCAUACUCUCGCCUGUUGUCCUCAAUGGUCAGACCGGAGACUUGGGCUCCUUUAGCAUACGAAUAGAAGACGGUAAGAGUACUGUCAGCGUACCCGUCAGCUCAUACCAGGACGAGUUCGGCGACAGACUGUCGCGGUACGCGUACAUCAGUCGCGCAGUCGGUAAAGGCCAGAUCUGGCGGGCGAAAGAUGUAAUCAUGAGCGAUGCAGCGCAGUAUGGGAAUGCGCUCGUCGAAAAGUAUGGUCAGGACAAUCCACCCGAGCCUGCGCAAGUCUUGACGCUUUCCAAUGACGCGCGAGACGGUGCCAAUCUCUGGGCAUUCCAGCGAAUGCUCGAGGCACCUUUCACCACGUACAUCUAUUUCGAUGCAGACGAUGUGCCCCAGAAGCUCACCAGCCAAGCACUCGAGGCAGGUCUCGAAGCAUCCAAGCAAGCUUUUGACGAUCGGUUCGAGCGUACUUUUGCAUUGACGAGCAAAGGCUAUGUUGGCGAGCAUGUCAUGCUCGCAAAGUCACUUCUGUCAAACCUCAUUGGCGGGAUUGGCUACUUCCACGGCAACUCUGUCGUUGAUCGGUCGCGAGAUUUCGGCGAUGAUCUCGAGGACGAGGGAGGCGUGCCCGUACAGCCCAAGCCGGAGCUGACGGAAGAGCGAACUUUGUUCACUGCUACCCCGAGUCGCUCCUUCUUCCCCCGUGGCUUCUACUGGGAUGAAGGCUUUCAUCUCUCGCUCAUCGGCGCCUGGGACAACGACAUGAGUCUUGACAUACUGCGAUCGUGGGUAGAUUUGAUCGAUGAGAACGGGUGGGUUGGUCGCGAGCAAAUUUUGGGCGACGAAGCGCGAAGCAAGGUACCGAGCGAGUUCAUAACCCAAUAUCCAACUUAUGCCAAUCCUCCGACAUUGACGAUCGCGGUGACUGACUACAUAGCCCGGCUCCGUGCUCGAGGGAUCGAUGUUACCAAUGCCGACUUUGACGAUCGACUGAAAGGCGCGAUGCCGCCCGUCAUGGCUGCUACGGGAUCGACCGAAGAGCUCUCGAACAGACUACUGAGCGAUACAUCGCUUGCCAAAGCGUUCUUGCUUUCGAUCUACCCGAAGCUUAAGCUGCAUUACGAGUGGUUCAGGCGAACGCAAAGGGGCGAGAUCAGAGAAUGGGAUCGCGAUGCUUCGCACAAGACAGAGGGAUACAGAUGGCGUGGUCGUACAGCUGAUCAUGUCCUGACGAGCGGCUUGGACGAUUACCCUCGAGCAAGACCGCCGCAUACUGGCGAGUUGCAUCUCGACCUGAUCAGCUGGGUUGGUUUCUUCAGCAGGACGAUGAGCGAAAUUGCAGCUUUCAUUGGCGAAGAAGAAGACAAGGCAGAUUAUGAUGAAGCCUAUGCUGCCAUCGUUCAGAACAUCGAUGAUCUGCACUGGAAUGAAGACGAGCAAAUGUACUGUGACCUCAGCGUCAACGAAGAAGACGAGUCUGUCUUUGUUUGCCACAAAGGCUACAUUUCGCUCUUCCCCUUCAUGCUAGGGCUCAUGGCACCCGACUCGCCUCAUCUCGGCAGCGUGCUCGAUCUCCUUCGUGAUCCCGAGCAUCUCUGGUCCGACUAUGGCAUCCGCAGUCUGUCCAAAUCGGAUCCCUACUUCGGCAAGGGCGAUGGGUAUUGGACCGGCCCCAUUUGGAUUCAGUUCCAAGCCAUGAUCCUUAAAGCUCUUCAUCAGAAAUACGCAAGAUACCCAGGACCGCAUCAGCAGCAAGCACAGCAAAUUUACAGCGAACUCAGAAACAAUGUCGUCAAUAACGUCAAGAAGGAAUACGAUAGAACGCAAUACUCUUGGGAGCAGUACAACGCUCUGACGGGCCAAGGACAGCGCAGUCAUCCUUUCUGCGGCUGGACCUCUAUGGUCACGCUCAUCAUGGCGGAAAUCGUGGUUCCUCAACUGGACAAGAGCUUGGCCAACAGCUCGCUAGACAUCAUGCAAGAGGGCGGUAUCCUCCCCUCUAAUGCGCCCCUGCACAGGCCCCCUAGCGCAGAGAGCCCGGGCGAGAAGUUUAGCGAGGAAGGGAAGAGGCAGGAGCUGCAGAUCAAGGAGCAAGAUCUCGAUGCGAGCUCGUACAUGACCGAAGAAGGCGACGAUACAGAUGAGCCCCACAAGUACUCCUUGGCGUCGCUCUACAUUCGUUUCCGGGCCCUUGUCCAUCUCGUGCUGGUGGCGGUUCUCCUCGGCUGGUGGAUCUCAGGACUUGUACUGCCUCGGACAAGACACUACUGGAUCAUUACGACCGUCUGGGCGUGGUUCUUCAUCCUCCUCAUCUGCUUUCAAUGGGUACCCACAUCGAUCUUCUCCGACCCGAUUGAGCGGUCUUGGAAUGCCACAGUCUCGCGUGGCUUCUGGUCACUGAGUUACAUGACAAGGCUCAGCAUAGGCGUCGUCGGUCUGCUUGCGCUCGUCCUGGGUUCCGCAUUCGGUGUGCAGUCGGCCGACUCCUCGUAUGGGCACAGAGCUCAGGGACUCUUCGGUCUCAUUGUCUUCAUGAGCGCUCUCUAUCUGACAAGCCGGUCGCGCAAGCACAUCCAAGCCGACACCGUCAUCGUCGCGCUCGCAUUCCAGCAGAUCAUCGCGCUUUUUGUGCUCAAAACCGGUGCUGGGCAAAGCUUCUUCAAAUGGAUCAGUACUGCUGCCCGCGACCUGCUGAUGCAAGGCUAUGCCGGCGCCGCAUUUUUCUGGAGCGAAGCCUUUCUGAGCAACAAUUUCUUCUUCGUCAAUACUCUGUCCGUGAUUGUCUUCUUCGUGGCACUCGUCACGCUGCUGCUGCACUAUGGCAUCUUGUCCUGGAUUCUAGUCAGAUUCGCAUGGUUCUUCUUCAAAACUUUGCGAAUUUCUGGCGCCGAGGCGAUUGCUGCGACAGCAUGCCCUUUUAUCGGCCAGGGAGAAAGCGCUAUUCUGUGUAGACAAUUUGUCAGAUCGAUGACUUCUUCAGAGAUUCAUCUCGUCAUGACGUCCGGCUUCUCAACGAUCGCGGGCUCUACUUUUCUUGCUUACGUCUCAUUGGGCGUGGAUCCCACCAUCUUGAUUACUUCUUCGGUCAUGUCGAUCCCUGCUGCUAUCGCAGUCUCGAAAAUGCGCUGGCCCGAACGCGGUCAUCCGCUCACAGCUGGCAAAGUGCACAUCCCACCCGAUCCCGAUCGCGCAGAGUCCGGUCUUGUUGCGCUCUCGAACGGAGCAAUCUUCGGAGUGAAAGUCGCCAGUAGUAUCUUCGCCAACGUUCUUGUCGUCGUCUCGCUGCUCGCACUCGUCAAUGGCCUGCUCGCAUGGAUCUUCCAAUUCUUCUCGGUGCAGGGUCUUACGCUGCAAUUCAUUCUCGGAUACAUCCUUUGGCCGGUAGUGUGGCUGAUGGGCGUCCCCAAGCAAGACAUUGUCGCAAUUUCUCAGCUCAUCGGUCUGAAGGUCAUCAGCAACGAAUUCGUCGCGUACACCGAUCUCCAGCCAUUGCGAGCCACGCUGUCUACUCGCGGACUGAUCAUCGUACAGUAUGCCCUCUGCGGCUUUGGCAACGUCGCCUCGCUAGGCAUUCAACUGGGCGUUUUGUCAGCUCUUGCACCCAAUCAGAAGCGUCGCAUCAUUCGAUGCGGCGUAUCUGCUCUAAUCUGUGGCAUCUUUACGACCCUAAUGACGGCAACAACCGCCGGCAUGCUCUCUUAG